AUGUUAACCCCCAUCCUCGACAAACGCCGAUCCGAACUACACAUAUUCCCUCGUCAAGGCAAGACAACGCCAGGUUACCUCCAGUACAUUCCGUUUACUUGGACAACGUGCAACAAUUCAGCACACUUUGGCAUGUCGACCAAGGCUAUCGUUGAGAUGAUGGUUGUUUCUAUGCUCAACUUCGAGGUUGACAAGUACCUUGAAGAUGUCACUGCCGAUAAUCCUUCUUCUUUCCUGUUUGAUUCACUAAGAAUAACAAUCCGCCAAGUGUUCGAUGACUUUCAUGGCCAUAUAGGCACUGGUGAUUAUGAAAGGGAGGGUAAAAGACGAAAGCUGCUCACAACCGAGCCGCUCCCUACGAAGGUGGGAGCCGUGGAUUCACCCGUUUCUCAUCGGACAAAAUUGAGCAAUCUCAAAGGAAUACUAUCCCAAUUUGUUUCUUGGGUCUUGGAGCAUCCCAACGUUGUGGUUGCAUCCAAAAGCAUCCAGCGGCGGCUCAAGGAUGAACUGGUCAUCUUUCUCCUGGCGCAUGUCGCGCAGGGCGAGGAUAAUUUCCGGCUUCAGAAGUUGGACCGAUCUUCCCGUUCUGCGAAGGGAAUCAUGGGAGUAGGGACAUACUUCGACUGGGUUCGGACAACUUCUGCCGAUCACACGAGCUGUCCGUUUUCAUUCGAGUUUUUUCGGUGCGUGGUAUCACCCCCGGGGGUCGACUAUUUCUCCACUGCUAGAGCACGUUAUAUUGGUCAAGACCUUUGCUGCCAUCUUGCCACCAUGUGCCGUCAGUAUAACGAUUUUGGCUCUAUGGAUCGGGACCUCUUGGAACAAAACCUCAAUAGUGUCGAUUUCCCCGAAUUUCUCGACGAACAGACUGGUCCAACUAGCGAAAUUUCGAUGGUGGACCUGGCAAAGCAGAGACAGGUUGCGAGCAAGCAACUUCUUGAGAUUGCAUUGUACGAACGGCAGUGCUUGGAACUAGCAGUCGCCCAAGUCCAGCAGGAUGUUAAACCAAGAGCGUGGCGAUCGCUACAGGUCUUCAUCAAAGUUACCGACAUUUACGGACAGAUAUAUAUCGUCAAAGAUAUCAAUCGCAAUUCUAGGGAAGGUGAAAAACCAAGCGCUACUGUUCCGCUAAUUUAG